AUGAAAUCAAAAUACUUUCUCUACCUGCUAUUUUUGCAAGCGUUCCUAAAUGGAAAUCCGGCUGCAGAACCGUUAGCGAAACCCGGAUGUAGUGAUACCUGCGGCAACGUUCGAAUCCCUUAUCCUUUCGGGAUUGGUUCCAACUGCGCAAUCAAUCAGUCCUACAACGUAGAUUGUAUUAAUUCUUCAAAGCCAUUUCUGACGGAGCCCAACUUGGAGGUCCUGAAAGUUUCUCUCGGUAACCGGACGGUUACAUUGAGCGUCCCAAUUAACUAUUCCUGCAAUCCCAGACCCCAAACCGGCGUAGUCGGAAGCUGGGCUAGCCCCAAUCUCGCCGGAACCCCUUUCUUCUACUCCAAAACCUACAACAGAAUGAUGGUUUUCGGCUGUGGCAACGCGGCGUUGAUGACAAGAUCCAGCCGGCAAAAUAUUAUCACCGGUUGUACUUCGAGUUGCGAAUUCACAAGUUCUGUUUUAUCCCGGCUGAUUUCGGACUGCUACGGAGUGGAUUGCUGUGACGCGACGAUUCCUUUCUAUCUCACUGAUUACCAAAUUGAUUUCACCAUUUCGAGAUUCAACACUCGGAAUUGCUCUUCGGCGUUCUUGGUGGACCAAAACUGGCUGCCGCCGGCUGGAUUCGACGGGAUGAGUUCGCCGGAAUUAUCACCCCAAAAAGUUCCGGUGGUUUUGGCCUGGACGCUUGGAAGGAGAGAUGUCCAAGCCGUUUAUCCUUGUCCCUACGAAAUGACGUAUUUAGACACCGAGUCGGGUCAAAGGGUGGAAACUUACACGUGCCCGACGUGCAUGUUUGGGCCAAACGCUGAAUUGGUGGAUCCAUAUUUGCAGGCCCAAUGCGGAAACAAGCCGGGGAAUAAUAACUCGAGAGCAAUCCUUGUUGGUGUGUCCACAGGCAUUGGCUCUUUACUUGUGGUAGCUGCAAUUUUUACACUUUACAAGCUAGUGAAAAGAAAACGAGACAACAUGAUCAAAGACAGAAACUUUAAAAGAAAUGGAGGACUUCUGCUGCAACAACAGUUGUCCUCCUCCGAUGAAGGGAGUAUCGACAACACACGUAUUUUCAAAAGCAGUGAAUUGGAGAAGGCAACUGAUGGAUUCAAUGCAAAUAUGAUACUCGGGCAAGGUGGUCAAGGCACGGUUUAUAAAGGGAUGCUUUCAGAUGGAAGGAUCGUAGCCAUCAAGAAGUCGAAAAAGGUAAACGAAAGCCAAAUGGAAGAGUUCAUCAAUGAGGUAGCCAUUCUAUCCCAAGUCAAUCACAGGAAUGUGGUGAAGUUAUUAGGUUGUUGUUUGGAGACAGAGGUUCCUUUGUUGGUUUACGAAUUCAUCCCUAAUGGAACCCUUUUCAGCCUGAUUCAUGAUUAUAGCCAGAAUUAUGAUGAUAAUGGUGAUGUUAAUCAGCUCUACUUUCCAUUCACUUGGAAUUUGAGGUUAAGGAUAGCCACUGAAGUAGCUGGAGCAAUUGCCUAUCUACACUCUGCAAUUUCAAUGCCGAUUUAUCAUAGGGAUAUCAAGUCCAGCAAUAUACUUCUGGAUGAAAAGUACAUUGCAAAAGUUUCUGAUUUUGGGACCUCAAGAACUGUUGCAGUCGAUAGAACUCACUUGACUACUCAAGUGAAAGGCACUUUUGGGUAUCUGGAUCCAGAAUACUUCCAAUCGUCCAUGUUCACAGAGAAAAGCGAUGUCUACAGUUUUGGGGUUGUUCUUGUUGAGCUGUUGACGAGGAAAAAGCCGAUAUCAUCAGCGUCCGAAGAAGAUAGUCAUUUGAGCUUGGCGACGCGGUUUUUGGUGGCCAUUGAUAAGGAUAGGCUGUAUAGUUUCCUGGAUCCUCAAGUUCUCGAUGAUGGUAGCGAAGACGAGGUCGUUGCCGUUGCUAAACUGGCUCAGAGAUGCUUAAACUUGAACGGCAAGUUGAGACCGACGAUGAAAGAAGUAGCAAUUGAGUUAGAAAGCAUUAAAAUGUCUGCAGCUCGUUGGAUUGCUGAAGAAAAUCUUCGUGUAAAUGAAGAAAAUGUUAAAAAGGGAGAAUCUGAAUCAGUUGUUUGGACUGAUAGUAAUGCUUCAUGGACCACUGACACGGUCAGUACUAGGUUUGAUUCAUCAGGUGCCUAA